AGUGGCGGGUUGUCAGUGGGAGUGAGUGCAGAGAGAGAGAGAGAGGCUUACUCGGACGGGACAGGCAGAGAGGAUGGAUGCUCUUUCCGCGCUCGUGCUGCUCGCCGCGGCGCUCUUCGCGCUCUGCGUGGCCGCGUCUCGCCCCGCGCAUCGCUUCCUCAGGCAGCUGCUUCACAUGAGCCGCAUCCCCGGGCCGAGCCCCACGUACCCGUUCUUCGGCAACGCGCUCAUGCUGAAGCGCGGCGGGAGAGAAUUCUUUCAGCAACUCAUUGAGAUGUUGCCCGAGUUCAGCAAGGAGCCGCUCGUGCGCUUGUGGUUGGGACCCGUCCCGGUGCUCCUUCUCUACCACCCGGACACCGUGGAGGUGAUCCUGAGCAGCUCAAAGCAGAUAGACAAAGCGUUCAUGUAUAAGUUCCUGCAUCCAUGGCUGGGAACUGGCCUUCUCACGAGCACGGGGGAGAAGUGGCGAUCGCGCAGGAAGAUGAUCACCCCCACGUUCCACUUCUCAAUCCUCGUGGACUUCCUGGAGGUGAUGAAUGAGCAGGCGGAGAUCCUGGUGCAGAAGCUGCAACUGCUCGCCGGCCCCGAGCCCUUCAACUGCUUCAACCCCAUCACCCUGUGUGCGCUGGACAUCAUCUGUGAGACGGCCAUGGGCAGGAAGGUAUACGCACAGAGCAACAGCGAGUCGCAGUACGUGCAGGCCGUGUACAAGUUGAGUGACUUCAUUCACAGGAGACAGAAAAUGCCCUGGUUCUGGUCGGAUUUUCUCUACUCGACCCUGGGGGAAGGAAAAGACCAUGACCGAUGUCUCAAGGUCCUCCACACGUUCACCGAGGAGGUGAUCAUAGAGCACUCUCAGAGCCAUAAGCAUGAGAGGGACACCGGGACCAAUGCCCAGCGGCGAAAGAGACUCGCCUUCCUGGACAUGCUGCUGGCCGCCAAGGACAGCGAGGACCGGCCCCUCUCCCACAGCGACAUCCGCGAGGAGGUGGACACCUUCAUGUUUGAGGGGCACGACACGACUGCAGCUGCUACGAACUGGGCACUCUACCUGAUCGGGUCACAUCCGCACGUGCAGAGGCAGCUUCACCGGGAGCUCGACCAAGUGUUCGGGCAGUCCAGUCGGCACAUGACCAUGGAGGAUCUGAAGAAGCUGCGCUAUCUGGAGUGCGUCAUCAAGGAGGCUCUGCGCAUCUUUCCUUCUGUUCCCAUGUUUGCGCGCACCCUGUCCCAAGACUGCACCAUCCGUGGCUUCACGAUCCCCAAGGGAGUAAAUGCAGUCAUCAUCACGUACAGCCUGCACCGAGAUCCGGACAGCUUCCCCGAGCCCGAGGAGUUCCGGCCUGAGCGCUUCCUUCCUGAAAACUCAGUGGGGCGCCACCCCUACGCCUAUGUCCCCUUCUCUGCUGGUCCGCGCAAUUGUAUUGGCCAGCGCUUCGCCCUAAUGGAGGAGAAGGUGCUGCUGUCGUCGGUGCUGCGUGCGUUCCGAGUUGAGGCCAUGGAGGAGCGAGAAAUGCUGCGCCCCGUGGGGGAACUCAUCCUGCGUCCAGAGAAUGGAAUCAAUGUGCGCCUGCAUCCGCGACUCUAGUACAGAUGUAGUGUCGCCUGUGCAUGCGGGUGGCAUGCGUCGCACACACACUCAAGUCGGAGACGAGGUAGUCAGAGGAGGCACCAUCCUCCCCUUUUAGUGUUGUUGUCGGGUUCACGCCACCACUCGGGCCCCCCCCCCCUUUCUCACACGACCACGCUGCCGUGCGACCCGUCCCAGACACAACCCUGUCCGCGUUGCACUGACGGCGUCGACCAGGGCAACCAACUACUGUCCGGCUGCGCAAUGAUAGGGCAAAGGCGGCAGCGACGAGGGCGGCGACGAUGACAGGGAUGACGAGACGAGUCCAAUCCCAGAACCGGUAACCCGGAGCUCUUGCUCUUCGCUGCUUUUAUUCCUCUCGGCAUGGCUUGGCUCCACCCUAGCCGCGCCUCCCUUCUCGAACCCUCCAGAUAGUUCCAGGAUCUUCCCCACGAGGUCUACCGUGACCCUUGCCCCAGUUCCUCCACCCUGCCGGCACACCCGAGUAUAUGCUCAGCGGCGUGUGCGCUAAGUGCCCAGUUGCAGCUGCUGUAUAACAGUCAGCACUAUGUCACUACACAGGCAUCACCUGAAUCCACAAGUCUAGCACAGGCAUCACCUGCAUCCACGAGUCAAAUACAGGCAUUGCUUGCGUCCACGAGUCCAGUUUAAGCAUCACCUACAUUCGCGAGUCCAAUACAGGCAAUCACCUGCAUUUGUGAGUCCAAUACAAGUGUAAUAAAAGACUCCGUCAGGCA